AUGAAAGAUGUGCAUCAGACCGCUCGAGAUAUUGAAAAGGCCCUGGCGAAAAACGGGCUACUUCGAAAUAUGAGACGCAUCAAUCCUUUCUUGGAAGGCCUUGAUCGCUACUCAAAGGCAGUUUACGUACUGUGUGAUGGGACGCCAUAUCUGCCGUGGAUCUGGAUUGCCUUGGAACAUAUAGACGCAAUGGAAAAGCUCAUUGCAACAUACGCCAAAAUAGCUGAGGUCCUACCMCGGUUUGAUAGACUCAGUGUCGGCUUCCAGAACAAUUCAGACUUUCAUCGGGUCCUCGCACUGAUAUAUGUCGACAUUAUGGACCUUCACCUAGAGACAUAUUGUUUUUUCCAUCAGAAGAGCUGGAAAAUUCUGUUCCACAACCUCUGGGAUCGGUUCGAACGUCGCCUAAAACUGAUACUUGAGAAUUUUGCAGAAGAUUGCGAACUUCUUGAUAAGGAAGCAAAGACGACGGUUAUUCUCCAAGCAACAGAUCGCCGCAGGAAGAUGCUGGAGGAAUGGACUAAGAGCGAAGAGGAUCGAUCAAUGAGUCAGUUGCAAGCGGUAUACAAUUGGCUGCAGGUAAAAGACUGGGAGCAGGAAGAUGAACUGGACCGUCUGCACAGUUUGCAACACAAGGAUUCGUGUGACUGGAUAUUUCAGAACCACAAAACUCGGUCCUGGAUUCGCACAGGUAGUGAAGAAUCGGUUGUAUGGUUAACAGGGAAACCGGGUGCUGGGAAGAGUGUUCUAUCAGCAACAAUUGUCUACUUUCUGAAGCUGGAGGAUCGCUCAAAGGUGCUGUACUACUUCUGUGGUUAUCAGUCAUUCCAAAACCAAACCAAAGCUCACCCCCUCCGAUCACUUUUGGCGCAAUUUGUCAGGUGCAAUCCCGAAUGUGCUUCCUAUAUUUACCACGAAUACCUUCAGAAAGGGCACGGUCCGUCCAUCGCUCAACUCAGGCGCCUACUUCAGUUUACUCUCACAACCAUUAGCUCUGUUAGAAUUAUCAUCGACGGAGUGGAUGAGCUGCCUGAUAGGGAACAGGAACAGAUCCUUAGUAAUAUUCUUCCAUUGGCUACUUCGAGGAAUCCGGCGGCCGUCUGUAAGAUUCUUAUCUCAAGCCGUGACACGGUGCUAAUCGCUGCACGAAUGUCAAAACGAUCAACGGUCAAUUUGAGCAGAGAGCGUCCUGCCAUUGAUGCUGCUAUCGAAUCCUUCAUUUCUCAUGAGCUAACCUUCUUGCGCAAAUCAUUGGAGGAUAUGGACAUCGACGAUGAUACGAUGAAAGAUAUUAAGAAUGAACUAAUUGAAAAGGCAGACGCUCAUAGUCUGGCAGAGCUUCGCGAUACCGUUCGUUUGCUGCCGAAGGGUGUGGAAAAAAUAUACGAAAAGGUCGUGCGGAAUAGUCUGGAAAAUGCUUCAGACACAAACAGAAAUGUCAUGCUUAGAAUUCUAUCCUGGAUUAUCUAUGGCAUUAAGCCUCUGCGGAAGUUCGAGAUCAUCAGUGGAGCAUCCAUACAUGCAAGAAACGUUGACUUUAGUGAGCAGUAUCGCCUCCGGGAUGGCGCACUCGAGCUCUGCAAGCCGCUACUUGAGGAAGGCCGAAAUGAGACAGUGAGAUUCAUCCACUUUACGGUUCGCGAAUAUUUCGUGCAUGGUGGAGGUGCCCGGUUUCUUCGUCCCAUACAAGCGCAUUUCAAUAUUUCCUUUGCUUGCCUAGCUUACCUGACGAAAGGCAUGGACCUUUUGGACCCUGAUAUAGACUCGGAGCAGAAUGUUAGUGAGGUUGCAAGAGGAUUUCAUGGGCUAUGUUGGUAUGCCCAUGAACAUUGGUUGUACCAUCUGCUGGCUUGCCUAGAUGAGCCGGAAAGUAUAACUGCAGAUGAGUCGGCCCUGAUUUUGAGACAAGCGGACGAAUUUUAUCGAAAAGAUUCUCGCCUUCAGACGCGCCAUUCCCAAGUUCAGCUGGCGGAACCAAGUCAUAUUCCAAAAAUAUCCCUUGACGGAUUUCAUUGUCCUUUACUGGCAGACUCUCCAGAUCUCGCAGACUUCAUCCAGAACUCGUGCAUGUUUAGGAAAACGGUCAAGGAUCAGCAGUUUUCGAGUGCAAAUGACAUCGAUCAGUUCAAGCUGCAGCAAGAUCCAACGUUGCUGAGUUUGAUGGUACAAAUCUACAGCCAAAUUGUGCAAAGCCUAUGUACCUCGACUCAAACGCCUGGAGUCAGCCAGAGACAGCUGGCCAAAUUCAAGGAACAGUUCAGUCUUUCAGCUUUUAUGUGUCGUUUCUUCGGUUGUCGCAAUGCUUUUGCCUCCGUGAAAGAGCUUGAAGACCACGAAUUAUCACGACAUACUUGCGGAAUAAGAUGUAUUGAACAGUCAUGUUGCUUCAGUCGGAUAGGAUUUCCCACAUCCAAAGCGCUCAAAGCGCAUAUUAAUAUUCACCACAGAAACAGAGGAACUGUUGCGAAACCUACUUCUAUCCGACGGAAGUAUCAAUGUGACGGAUGUGUCCAGCGAUUCAGUCUGGAAAAGGAAUUAAUAAGACACCAAGAGUCUCAGGAAGGAACUCAAUGUGGGAUCCAUAUGCAUCGAGCCUCCAGGCAAGACGCUUCUACUGAUCUUGAGGACGAUCCUAAGAGCCCCAUUUACACCUCGACCAGCCCUAGAUGUUCUCCUAUAAGUCCACUGGGCGAUAUUUACGGUGAUAGUAUUGUUCCAUCGCCUACGUUCACCCCUGUCUCCCCGAAGUGGUAUCUAUCUAGUGAAGACUUUUCAGAACAGGCACCAACUGGUCCUGGAUACGAUUCAGCCAGUCCUGAAUACAGUCCAGCCAGUCCUGGAUGCAGCCCAGCCAGUCCUGAAUACAGUCCAGCCAGUCCGACAUAUUUCCCUCCUAGUCCUUGA